AUAUGAUAUCAAGGGUUGAAGCGUAUUUCAUAAGAAUAACUCCUGACGGGGUUCGCCUCAGUUAUCGCUGACGAACGUGUAACGGAAGGUUCAUCAAAGCCAUGCUCGUAACGUCUACCACUCUCCUCUGGAUGGUCACUGCCGGUCUGGCGGCGUAUUAUUGCUAUCGAUUUCUCUUUGGACGUCCACAGAACUUCCCGAAGGGACCUCCCAGACUGCCCCUGCUAGGAGGUUACGGAAUCAUGCUGAUGAUCAACUACAAGCACCUCCACAAAGCUGCCGCUUGGCUGAGUAACUUCUACAAUACAAAGCUAGUCGGAAUACACUUGGCCAGCUACCCGUCAAUUCUCGUGAAUGAUUACGACACCGUCAAGGAGGUGCUGACCCGGGUGGAGUUCGACGGACGACCGGAUUUGUUUCUGGGUCGAUUGCGCGAAAAAACCUUCGAACGGCGGGGAAUCCUCCUGACCGAUGGACCGGAUUGGAAGGAGCAGCGAUGGUUUAUGCUACGAUAUCUGCGGGAUUUUGGGUUUGGUAGGAGGUUUGCCGAACUGGAAGUGGAAACAGACUGCGAGAUUCGGACGUUGAUCGAGAUGGUUCGGUAUGGGGCAAAGUACGAGCACGAGGGGGAAUUUAUCGCGCCGGAUGGUUCCGUCAAGUGUCCGCAUGUGCUGUUUGGAUGCUUCGCCAACACGUUUCUCUACGUGUUGUCUGGGGAGCGGAUUGAUCGAGCUGAGGCGGCACCAUUGUUUGAGGUCGGAAAGCACGCACUGGCGUUCCUACGUCACGGCGACGACUACGGAACUGUCUUAAGCUUGAUCCCGUGGAUCCGACAUCUGUUCCCGCAUGCUUCCAACUACACCCGGCUGCGGAACGCCAGCAUGGGCCUGAACGCGUUCAUCGAGUCCGUUGUCCGGAAGCACUUGGACAGUUACGAGGAAAGUCACGUACGAUGCUUUCUUGAUUUGUACUUCCAGGAGAUGAAGAAGGUUGAGCCCAAGAAGGAAGGUUUCGGCUUUCAGGUUGAUCAGCUAAUCGUCGCUCUGGCAGACUUCUUCGUCGCAGCCAUUGCCGGUGUAUCGAUCCAGUUGUCUUUGCUCUUCCAACGUUUACUCCUCAACCCGAUCGUCCUAUCCAAAAUGCAAGCAGAAAUCGACAACGUCGUAGGUCACGGUCGGCUACCAACCCUCGAUGACCGUAUCAACCUGCCGUACACAGAGGCAACCCUGCGCGAAGCCAUGCGUAUCGACACGCUGGUCCCGUCCGGAUUCGCCCACAUGGCUCAGCAGGAUACGACCCUUCGAGGGUACGACGUUCCAAAAGGAACUAUCCUAAUGCUCGGCCUCGACGCGAUCCACAACCAGUGGGACAUCUGGGGAGAUCCGGAGGUGUUUCGACCGGGACGGUUUCUAGAUUCACACGGGCGAAUGUCUUUGGCCAAGGACGUAUCCGUUCCGUUUGGAGCCGGGAAGCGACUCUGCGCUGGCGAGACCUUUUCGCGCAAUACUAUGUUUUUGGUUGUGGCUGCACUCGUUCAGAACUUCAACCUGCGACAGCCGGGCUCGGACAAGAAACCCGAUCUUGGGGCACGAUCGACUGGAGUGGCCAUCUCACCUGCCGAUUUUUGGUUGAAGUUUGAGCCACGAUGAGAUUGAAUUUAAAACUAAAAUUAAACUACAGGUUGACUGUU